AUGGGUUGGACUUGGUUUGUCGAAGAUGCGUUUUUGGUACAUUCACCAGAUGAGAAAAAACCCUGGAUUAGACCUCCGUACAUCACAAAAACCGAGAAAGAUGAGCCUUGGCUCACAACAGAUGAAGAAAUUGAUCUGAUGAACGAAGAGAUCAACAAGAGCCUGGGGUUCGAUAUUGAUUACAGCUUGUUCCGCUGCCUUUUCAACUACCAUCCUGUUGAGUUAGAAGAAAAUGAAUUUGUUGGAUUAGAUCGUAAAUUUGUUGAGGAGAAAUCCAAUGAGGAGUUACUCACGAGGCUGACUCGGAAAUCCCUUGAGAUCUACAACCAAGAAAACAAGACAGAAUAUGUAUUUGUCAAGAUUGAUCAUGCCAAUUUCCACUUGUCUUCUGGGGUGAUGUUUCUCAUAACAUUUCAAGUGAAGGAUCCUGCUGAUAAGCUGAUCAAAAUGUUCCAAGCUAGGGUUCUUUACUCUAUCUUUUACGAGCACGAGUAUGUCUUUUGUAGGCCAAAACCUAAUCAAGAAGUUUCGUCCGGUGGAGAUAGCGUUGGAGAUGCUGAAGCGAGUGGCAAGAAACCAAGGUAUAUUAUCUUCCCGACUCGAGUAGGAGCUUUUAUGGGGAUGCCUCAGAAGUCGACGGCUCCUAAUAACAACAAUCUUUUUAGGUUUGGAGUUGAUGUGUUUCUUCAAUCAAUCAAGGGUAGGCCUGCUAAGAUAACAACAAUCUUUUUAGCUUUAGUUUUGUCUAGAUAA